UAUAAAUUACAUUUUAAGUACACUGCAGGUGAUUUAUAUUUAUACAUUCUAUACCCAUAAGUACAUCAUACAACAAUUUUAUUUUUGUGACUUCAUUUUCCAAUAUAUUUUUUAAUGCAUCCCCUCAUUUAUUUACUUAAUCAGAUGUCUCAAGACUAAUGCAUACGGUUUACACAACCGUGAAGUCAACAAUUGAUCGGGUUUUGCAGAAUUGUUCAUUGAUGGAAAUGUAACAUUUUUUUACAUCUUACGCAAAUUUGUCAGGCAUCAUAACUAUCAGAUAAUUGAGUGGGUGGAUUUAAUACUUUAGCGUGCGUCGCUUCAUUUACGUGCUUUCAUUGAAUACUGCUUGGUCGAGUUUAAUUAAUUUAUCACUUUCACAUUGCUAUUGUUCGUACCUUUCAUCAUCAUAUGAUAAUUUGGGCAAUUUCAAAUCUUGUUGAAACUUGAAAAUCCUUUUUCUGGUUGAUGAUGUACCAUUGAAUAAAAAUGGGCCUAUCUGUUUUCAAGCAUGAAGAUAUUAUCCAAAACUACAAUCUGCGGCGUGUGACAGUAGGUUAAUCAACUUUGACAUUUCUUGCCAAUAAAUGUUUGGGAAAAAACAAAAUAAUGUCGAAGACCACAAGAUCCCAUGUUUGGAAUCGUGCAGUAGUAAUUAGAUUUUGGAUAUUUCUUGCAUGGAUAUAAUUUGUAUUACAAAGGAUAACUGAAUUAUUUCAUUUCAACAAAGUCAACCUUAUCUCUGGAAUAGUGGAAAGUCUUUCAUUAGACUGUUCAAUACCAUCUUGAGUUUCCAUGCAUGUGUUGCUACAUGACUAGUUGUGCUUUGGCUAUUUAAUGAAACCAAACAGGAAAAUUGGCAUUUGUAUUUGAAGAGUCAGUUAAAUCUUGAAGUCAAAUUUGAUAUUACCAAUUGACUUUCACAGAAGAAAGCAAUGCAUUCCUCUUUACGACCAACCGAAGGGAUCUUGCGAAUUCAAUGAGUACGAAACAUCUGUAAAGAUACAAUAAAAUUGUAAGGGGUUUGAAUGGAAUGAGCGAGUGAGUUUCUUGAAAAUACAUACUAAUGUAAACAUUUUUUUCCAAUCUUAGUGACGGUCUGCACAUUUGGAAUCAUCUACUUACCCAGGAUACUAUGUCGAAGAUGGCUAAAGUAUUUUACGAUGUGGAAGACUUGAGCGGGGCUCUGCUCCCUAUGGCACCAAACAUUCACGCGGUAAGACUCCAGAUGUCGGCUCAAGGACUUACACAGAGAUCAUGCGCGAGCAGUUUCUUAAAGGAGAAGAAUCUGAGUUGAGAAAAAAAUUAGUGGAGAAAGCUAAAGAUGGCACUUUGAAGGCCAAUGGAGAGCCGAAGCCUGCACCGAAAAAACGAGGUCGUUGGGAUCAGACAGAGGACACGCCUGUUGCAAAAAAACCGGCCGGUACAGCAGCUACUCCUACAUCCUGGGAUAAUGCUGAUGUUACACCAGCUGCUAUAAGAUGGGAUGAAACUCCUGGCCAUGGCAAAGGUGGUGAAACUCCAGGAGCCACUCCUGGGGUUAGUACAAGAAUGUGGGAAGCUACUCCAGGUCAUGCUACACCAGGUGCAGUGACUCCAGGGCGUGAAACACCAUCGCAUGACAAAGCCGCAUCCAGCCGCAGAAAUCGUUGGGAUGAAACCCCGAAAACUGAAAGAGAAACUCCUGGUCAUAAUAGCGGUUGGGCGGAAACUCCAAGAACCGAUAGAGUUGCCGGUGAUUUAAUACAAGAAACACCUACACCGUCAGCCAGCAAACGACGCAGUCGUUGGGAUGAAACACCCUCUAAUCAAACACCUGGAUCUAUGACUCCGCAAACACCUGCCACACCGCUGACAACACCUCAUCAAAGUUCUAUCUUAACACCCAGCGGCGUAACACCUACGGGACCCAAAGCAAUGGGACUAGCAACACCGACACCCGGGCACUUGAUGUCUAUGACGCCCGAGCAAUUGCAGGCUUAUCGUUGGGAGCGUGAAAUUGACGAACGUAAUCGACCUCUGUCGGACGAUGAACUUGAUGCCAUGUUUCCCCCGGGUUACAAAGUGCUGCAGCCACCUGCAGGGUAUAUUCCAAUUCGUACUCCAGCAAGAAAGUUGACCGCAACUCCGACGCCGAUAGCAGGCACGCCGCAAGGAUUUUUCAUACAGCAAGAAGAUAAGAGUGCCAAGUUCGUUGACAAUCAACCCAAAGGCAACCUUCCAUUCAUGAAACCAGAGGACGCUCAAUACUUCGACAAGCUUUUAGUUGAUGUUGAUGAGGAAUCUCUCAGCCCUGAGGAACAGAAAGAAAGGAAGAUAAUGAAACUCCUUCUCAAAAUAAAGAAUGGUACUCCGCCAAUGCGAAAGGCAGCGCUCAGACAAAUUACAGACAAAGCCCGGGAGUUUGGAGCAGGUCCUCUUUUCAAUCAAAUUCUACCGCUCCUCAUGUCACCCACAUUAGAGGAUCAAGAGCGACAUCUACUUGUUAAAGUUAUCGACCGCAUUCUGUACAAAUUAGACGAUUUGGUCAGACCGUACGUGCACAAAAUCCUUGUUGUAAUUGAACCCUUGCUGAUUGAUGAAGAUUACUAUGCUCGAGUAGAGGGUCGAGAAAUUAUUUCUAAUCUGGCAAAGGCCGCUGGAUUGGCUACAAUGAUUUCCACAAUGCGACCUGACAUCGACAACAUUGAUGAAUAUGUGAGAAACACGACAGCUAGAGCAUUUGCUGUCGUUGCCUCUGCGCUUGGAAUUCCAUCUUUACUACCUUUCUUGAAAGCUGUGUGUCGCAGUAAAAAAUCAUGGCAAGCUCGCCACACCGGUAUUAAAAUUGUGCAGCAAAUUGCAAUUCUUAUGGGAUGUGCUAUCUUACCGCAUCUGAAGAGCUUGGUAGAAAUUAUUGAGCAUGGUCUCGUAGAUGAACAACAAAAAGUUCGAACCAUCACAGCGUUGGCCAUAGCUGCAUUGGCUGAAGCAGCUACUCCCUACGGUAUUGAGAGCUUCGAUUCCGUCUUGAAGCCCUUGUGGAAGGGUAUUCGUACUCACAGAGGAAAAGGAUUGGCAGCGUUUUUGAAAGCAAUUGGUUAUCUGAUUCCGCUUAUGGACGCAGAAUAUGCAAACUAUUAUACUCGUGAAGUAAUGCUGAUUUUGAUCAGAGAGUUUCAAUCUCCUGACGAGGAGAUGAAAAAAAUUGUUCUGAAAGUUGUUAAACAAUGUUGCGGUACAGAUGGUGUCGAAGCUCAGUAUAUAAAGGAUGAGAUACUUCCACACUUCUUCAAACACUUUUGGAAUCAUCGUAUGGCUUUAGAUCGCAGAAAUUACAGACAGUUGGUAGAUACCACAGUCGAAAUAGCAAAUAAGGUUGGUGCAUCUGAGAUAAUAAACAGAGUCGUCGACGAUCUGAAAGAUGAAAAUGAGCAGUACAGAAAAAUGGUCAUGGAAACAAUUGAAAAAAUAAUGGGCAAUUUGGGAGCCGCCGACGUCGAUUCUCGAUUAGAAGAGCAACUAAUUGAUGGCAUUCUUUAUGCAUUCCAAGAACAGACCACUGAGGACGUCGUAAUGCUCAAUGGAUUCGGAACUAUAGUCAAUACGCUCGGUAAAAGAGUAAAAGCUUACUUGCCACAGAUUUGUGGUACGAUUCUUUGGCGUCUCAAUAAUAAAUCCGCUAAAGUACGUCAGCAAGCCGCGGAUCUCAUUUCACGAAUUGCUGUUGUAAUGAAGACAUGUCAAGAGGAAAAACUGAUGGGUCACUUGGGUGUCGUGUUGUACGAGUAUCUGGGGGAAGAGUAUCCUGAAGUAUUGGGAAGUAUUUUAGGCGCCUUGAAAGCUAUUGUGAACGUUAUAGGCAUGACAAAAAUGACGCCGCCUAUCAAAGACCUGUUGCCACGUCUCACGCCAAUUCUGAAAAAUAGGCACGAAAAGGUACAAGAAAAUUGUAUCGAUUUGGUAGGAAGAAUCGCAGACAGGGGACCUGAGUAUGUUUCCGCACGAGAGUGGAUGCGAAUCUGUUUCGAAUUACUGGAAUUACUCAAAGCGCAUAAGAAAGCAAUUAGAAGAGCUACGGUCAACACCUUUGGAUACAUCGCGAAGGCUAUUGGGCCUCACGACGUUUUGGCAACGUUACUCAAUAAUCUCAAAGUUCAAGAACGACAAAAUCGCGUUUGCACAACAGUCGCCAUUGCUAUAGUUGCGGAAACUUGUAGUCCUUUCACAGUUUUGCCAGCAUUGAUGAACGAGUACAGAGUUCCCGAGCUUAAUGUUCAAAACGGUGUAUUAAAAUCGCUUUCCUUUUUAUUUGAAUAUAUUGGAGAAAUGGGCAAAGAUUACAUAUAUGCCGUUAGUCCAUUACUGGAAGAUGCCCUUAUGGACAGGGACCUGGUACACAGACAGACUGCUUGUGCUGCAAUCAAGCACAUGGCUUUAGGAGUUUACGGCUUUGGCUGUGAAGAUGCUCUGAUCCAUCUCCUGAAUCACGUUUGGCCUAAUGUUUUUGAAACCUCUCCCCAUUUGGUCCAGGCUUUCAUGGAUGCUGUAGAUGGUCUUCGCGUCGCAUUGGGCCCGAUAAAAAUUCUUCAGUAUACAUUACAAGGGCUAUUUCACCCAGCUAGAAAAGUUCGAGACGUCUAUUGGAAAAUAUAUAAUUCUCUUUAUAUUGGCGGACAGGAUGCGCUUGUGGCCGGGUAUCCACGGAUUUUAAAUGACCCGAAGAACCAAUACAUUAGGUACGAAUUAGACUAUGUUUUAUAACUGACAUUAUUUGAGAUGUAAUUUAUAAAUCAUUUCAUCAAAUCGCAACGUGGUGACUUUUGCAAGAAUUCUUUGCAGCAUUUGGUGAUUGAUCACAAUUUAUAAAUUGUACUUGGCAUAUUAUCUAUAACAAUGAAAUCACACUCUAAUUUGUAUAUGUAUCAGGGGAACCCAAAAGUCAUUAAUAAAAAUUAUGACUAUAUUUGAAAUUGAAAUAAAAUAGGGUUUGUAAAAUUGGAAUUCAGGUACAUUAAACAACUCUGUAAAAUGAAUGACAAUACCCAACACUAAUCUAGUAAUAUACUUAACUCUAUUACUGGAUGCAGAAAAUUAUGGCACAGAUAUUUUAGUGAGAAAACAAUUAUCACUUAGUUGUGCUGCAAUUGGUAUGUAAGGAAUCUUAUUUGUGUCACAAACUUUCACGAGAACCCAGUCACGACAUUUCUUACACAGGCUUAAAGUCAUUGUUUGAUAUAUAAAACACACUUCUGCCUUAAUAUUAAAAAUUGCACUUCAACAGUUUGGUUUGGUUAAACUGGAUUAAUCCCAAAAGUAUUAUUACUAUACACACAUAUCUAUGUUCACUCGUGAUCGAUAAUUUAUAACUCUGUGAACAAUACAAGAUACCUCAAUUUCUGGACAUCAAUUCAUAACUCUUGCAGAAAAUACUGUAAAUUUAGUAAUGGCAUACCCUCUAUGGAAAUGCACUAAAACAAUCGUGAUUACGAACAUCUAAUAAAUAUCUAAAGUAAUGGUGAUGUGCAUGGUAUCAUUUCAAAUUUCGGAGGUGGCUUUUUAUGGCUUGAAGUCUUCAUAAAGUAUUUCAUGACUAGGAUUCCGCGAUACAGUAAAUGUCAUCACCAGGCCUUCCAUGGACUUGUGAUGUAAAUAAAUUGAGAAGACGAAGCAAAAUUAUGUCUUUAUCGUCAGAGCAUAAUUAGUCACAUUAAUUGGUCACUUGACUGCAAUGGUUUCAUGAAAUUACAAUUAAUUAUUUGCAAUUUGUAUGAUCACUGACCCGCUACUAUCCACUAAACGCGAAUUUACUUUGUACCAAUUUAGUAUCUAUAAGCGUAUGGUGUACACUCACAUUUAGUGCUCUUGAGUAAACCACCUUUUUCAUAGUUAAUGAUCAAGUGUCACAGCAAAUAAUAAAUAUUGUAUCAUGUUCAUCUGUUCUAAUUUGUCGAAUUAACACCUGUUAUUCGCUACUCCUAGUGAGACUUUGACAUCACCCCUCUGUAGCCUUUACUACUACUCAGUCGUAUAUUCACAUCAUUUGAGCAGAUAGCCUGUACGUGAUAAUCAUUGAGCUUGUAUUGAAUUAGCCUGAAAAGUAAACGACGCAAGUGGGAGCUCAAACUUUAUUUUCAGUCCAUUUAUUCGCAAUGUAUUUGAUGCUUCAGUUUCGGAAAGAUUAGGAAUUAAUAAUAUUAAAUUUAAACCACUUUUGUUAUCAAUUUGAUAGUGAAAUAUCUAAGAAUUGAAAAUUAUAUUCAUUUUGGUGUAAAUUUACGUCGUUAUCAAACAAAGUACAAUAAGUACUAACCUAUAAUAUAGUUGUAUAGACCAGUAAAGUUGUCGACCCUUUCCUUACCUGGGGCUUACUGUAUUAUUAGUUGAAUAUUCACUUUUACGAAUCAAAUUCCAGCUGAUAGACCUAUAUGCAUUUACAUGCAAUAUGUAUCUAUAUUGGUGUAUGACCAACUGGCUAUCGUAAUAAUUUUACGUAUCAAUGAAGAAAAUUGAAUACCCAUAUUUAUGUUUUACAAAUUUGAUAUUGAUCUGCUAAAAUAAAAAAAUGAUAUUGCUAGAAUGAUGUAGAUACGAGUGUGGCAAUUUUCUCUUAUUAUUAUUAUAUGUAUAUGUAUUUAACACUACUGUUUUUAGUCACCCGAACGUGGAAAUAGUUUUGUAACAUAGUAUUGUAUUUAGCGUCCGACUCAUCAAAUAGUUUCAUCAUGAUAUUUGCAAAUUGACCGAGUAAUCCUUAAUCUAGUAGUCUUUGUGAGUAAGUUCGAUAAUAAAUCUAAAUGUACCAGAAUGUAUGUAAAUUAUGGUUUUCUUCACGAUCCGCUAUCAUGAAGUUGAUACCUAUAAUUAGGGUAGAGACGCCGUUUGGGGUGCCAUCUUUGGCAAGCCAACUAACUACUCAACUUUCAAUUACUUCAAGUACUGAAAAUUUUCUACAGUAAAUGUCGAUGGAACUUUUGACCACUCGAUUGUUUGCAAAACAAAUGUUACAACGAUCAAAACUCGUAACACUUUUGUGGCAUUUCUGGUCAGAUCUUUAUUUACAUGCAAUUGGUCAAAUAGAUCAAUUCAAUUAUAUGGUCACAUAUGGUACUAAAGUAGCCAAAAAUGGUACUUAAAUCAUAUGUAGGCAACAUAGAGGUUGAUAGAGGUAAGUAGCAAAAUAUGUUUAAUAUAAAAUAGAUAUAUUUUAAACUGUGAUACACUUAUUUUUUUCUUUUGCCUUUUUAUAAUCAAUUUCAACAAACACAAUAGGUACAAUUGAAAAAAAGAUUUCAUCUACGGAAAACUAUCAUUGUUAUACAUUAUUGACUCAAAGUUACUGGAAUAUUUUGGAGAAGGAAGAACAAAGUGUUACAGGAAUAGGACAGCCAUAAAGCUUGAAACAAGCCCAGCCUAAAAAAGUGUGCUAAAUCAUGAAUGGACCAAUUUAAAUACUAUGAAGUAACUAUUUGUAUUCUAAAUGUAUCAAAAAGAACGCGAAACUCGUCAAGUGAAUAAAUAAUUUCAACAGCUAGAGGUGCUUUCAGACUAAUACAUCAGAAUCCAUAUUUUUGUUUGUAAGAAAUUUCGUUAGUUCUCCAAAAUAUCCUCAUUGAAAGUAUUGAAAUACGUUCUUUGCCAAAGUUUUUGAGCAGAUUGUAUUAUCGAAACGUUUACUAUUAUAAUAUAAAAUUAAUUUAAAAUUGCAUUUCAAUGAAACAAUGAACUAAGUUACUCUAGUUAUUUUUACAUUUCCCUCUCUGAUGAAUGCACAAACGUAGAUAUAUCUCCUUCAGAUAGAAGUUCUACACAUUCGACAUUAAUCAUGUAGCCCAAGAGUAUAAUUAGAGAAAGAAUGCUGGACAAUAAAGAAACUUCCUGUAAUGAACAGCAAGCACCACAAUGGCAAGAUACUUACACGUUAUAGUGCAGCUUGCAUGCUUUGAUUUACCAAUUUCUGUAUGUUAAUAUGCUGGUAUUUGACAGAGUAAUAAGUAUCGAAGAGUGGCUAAAAAAAUGUUAUAUUCACAUUAUACCCAACACGCUUUCUUUGUGUAUACUCUUUUUCCGGUUCAA